AUGCAGUCAUAAGUGGGACUCAUCCAGGACUUUUGGGACAAACUCAAAUCUCCAAGACCUCUGACCUUCGAACGCAGGGGAUGGACGAAGGGAAAAAAAAUCAAGAUAACCGGAACUUUGUGUGUUGUUUGCUGUGUUUCUUUUGAGGCCAGAGUUCAUCCUUUCCUCCUUUAAAAAGAGGAGUCAAUUUUAGGAUAAUAUUUUACAAGCGUGUCAGUUAUUAAAGGAGAAAUUCAGUGAGCUGUUUUGGAUUACACUGCAUCCCUCAACCAUGAGAUUAUAUUUAAGGGUCAUAUUGUCCAGUUAGUUUUCUCCAGGGAAAACGGAGUUCUGUUUCACAGCCACCAGACAACUAAGAAAGGCAAUCAAAGAAGUUCUGGUUUUUUCCCCACAAGUUUUGGGUUUUCCAACCGGAUUCUUCACUAGCACAUCUCGCAGCCAUGAAAACUUCACUUUCUUGCUACACGAUAUGGAAAAGGAUCCCUAAAUUAUUUCCGAGAUAUUCCAGAUAUUUCAGCUCUCCUAUAGCGGCACAGUAUGAAGCUGUAAUCCAAGGACAGGACCCACUACCAGAAUAUUUCAACUUUGCCAGUGAUGUGUUGGAUAAAUGGACUCAAAUAGAAAAGGAUGGAAAAAGAUCGUCCAUCCCAGCCCUGUGGUGGGUCAAUGGAAGAGGAGGGGAGGUCAGAUGGAGCUUUGAAGAGAUGGGGCUCCAUUCCAGGAAAGCGGCCAACAUCCUCACCGACCGAUGUGGACUACGCAAAGGCGACAGAAUCCUGGUCGUUCUCUCCCGGAUUCCGGAAUGGUGGCUGGUGAUCAUGGCUUGCAUUAGGACAGGAAUUGUGGCCAUUCCCGCAACGUCGCAAGUAAGUGCUAAGGACAUCGAGUACCGGCUGAAAGCUUCGGGAGCCAAAUGUCUCAUCACUACAGAGGCCUUAAGAUCUACCGUGGAUUCCAUUGCCCCACAGUGUGCCUCUCUGAAAACCAAGCUGCUGGUCUCUUCUGAUGGCGAGCAAGAAGGAUGGCUGAACUUCGAUGAGCUACUCAGAGAGGCACCUGCCAAUCAUACUUGUGUGAAAACCAAGAUGAAUGAUCCCAUGUUGGUUUAUUUCACCAGCGGAACCACAGGGGCUCCCAAGAUGGUUGAACACAGUCAAGGGAGCCUGGGGUUCAGACCCAUCAUUUGCCAAAGAUCCUGGUUGUACACAACCUCUUCGGACCUUACAUGGAGCACAGCAGAUACGAGCUGGGUGGUGGCUGCCCUGGGCUCAUUUUUUGAUCCAUGGGUCUUGGGAUCCUGCGUCUUCAUCCAUAACUUACCAACGUUAGAGAAAACGACCAUCCUAAGAACUCUCUCCCAAUUUCCGAUCACUGCUUUCCUGAGUAUUCCUACCCUCUUUCGCAUCUUGUUGAGGGAAGAUUUAACCAGUUUCAAGUUCAAGAGUCUCCAAUACUGUAUAAGUGGAGGAGAACCAAUAAGUCUUGAAGUGGUGGAAGAAUGGAAGAACAAGACAGGACUGGAUAUCUAUCAACUAUAUGGACAGACAGAAAUGGGAUCAAUUUGUUCCGUUUCCAAAGAAAUGAAAAUUAAGCCAGGCACCAUGGGGAAAGCUCUUUUUCCGUACGAUGUCCAGAUUGUAGACCAAGAAGCCAAUAUUUUGCCUCCUGGAAAAGAAGGUGAAAUAGCAGUCAGGAUAAAACCCGAAAGACCCCUUGGCUUCUUCACUCAGUACAUUGAUGCACCUCAAAAAAUGGCUGCCACAACGCGCGGGGACUUUUUCCUCACUGGAGACAGAGGAGUGAUGGAUGAAGAUGGCUACUUUAGGUUCAUCGGACGAUCUGACGAUAUCAUCAAAUCAUCUGGGUAUCGUAUUGGACCAUUUGAAGUAGAAAGUGUUCUAUUGAAGCAUCCGGCGGUAGCAGAAGUUGCAGCUGUUAGCAGUCCUGAUCCAGUCAGAGGAGAGGUAGUAAAGGCAUUUGUGGUGUUGUCUACGGAGUACGCAACACACAAUAAGGAGAAAUUAACCACGGAACUUCAGGAACAUGUGAAAAGAAUGACUGCGCCGUACAAAUACCCCAGAAAGGUGGAAUUUGUCCAGCAGCUACCAAAAUCCCAAACGGGAAAGAUCCGACGGAAUGAAUUAAGAGACCAAGAAUUUGGCCGAGUUUAAAUCUAUAGAAAGCUUGCUUUAUCUCCACCGUUUUCUUUCAUUGAUGUGAUCCAGAAGCCUUGUUACCUCUCGAAACGACUUGUUCUUUGGCUUGGCUUUGAGUUCUCCCACUGAAACCUAUAGGGGCCAUACAUUAAAAGCAGUCUUCCAU